CUUUUCUUCUCCCGUCCAACAAGAUCAGGCAUGUUCUUUCUCAAAGGUCUUUUGCUAACUCUGCGGGUACGGCUUGAUGGGUAGGUGGCUAAGCGUCUGAACAUUUUGGGACCAUUCAUUCAUUCCAUCACACACUUUCAAGACAAAAAAGAACACGAUUUUCUUUUUGUCAAAUCGCAAGCAACAACAACCCUCCCAACGGCGGGGGAAUUGAUUUGAUUGUUCCGACCAAGAAUUGAUGAAAGCCAUGUCCGCCCUCCGACGAAGCGGCAAGGUAAUCCGAUGACGUGGUGCAUACCGCGUGCACGCCUUUUUUUUUGGACCCGAGCAAAACUCAAACCGAGCCAGAAUAACACAGUGGACGCUUUGAGCCUGCUUGUUUGAGCCUUCCAUGGCAGCCAUCGACCUCCCCUGGCUGUUCCAGAUGGCAACUCCAAAACCACAACGACAUGACCCGCCCGACUUCUCCUCGCCCUCCUCCUCGACCCUCUCCCCUACGUUGCGACAGCAAAUAACCGACAACAGCAACAACUAUCCCUCGACCAACGGAAACCCAACGUAUGCCGCCUUCUCCCCGGCGACCCUCUCGACGACCACGUCCUCGGCCAACAAGCGCCGCAGCACGAUCCUCGUCCACCAGAAGUCACCUCUCCUCCUCGCGACACCGCCGCAAAUCACACGCGCCCUGGCCUACAGCCACCCUUUCCUCCUACCCCUCAACAAACUCGCCGGCCUUCUGAGCUGGACUACAGAUGACCAGUACGAGAGCUUCCUGCUGGUGGCCUCAUUCUGGGGCGUCGUUCUCUAUGGCGACCUCCUGCUGCGCGUUGCCGGGCCGCUGAUCGUCGUGCUCGCCCUCAUCGGCGGCAUGUAUGGCCGGCGCUUCAGCCCACUGAGCAGCAGCGGGUGGAGUGAGCCCGCCACCACACAGAGGGACAGCGGCGGCGGCGGCACUAGUGGUAGCCCCGAAGCCAAGAGACACGUUUCCGGGCAGAUGAACGGUGCGGCGGCCUCGUCGUCAGACCUCAGCACAGACGGGCAGCUGAACGGGAAGCCGCGCGGAAAGCCCGAGGCGACGGGGACGCGUCACCGCAAGACGCUGGACGAGAUGGUGGAGACGCUGCGCGAGUUCACGUCGCGGUGCAACAUCCUCCUGGAGCCGCUGCUGGAGCUGACCGACUUCCUCAGCACGCAGCGCACACCCACCUCGGCCACCACGCGCCCGGCCCUCACGGCGCUGCUGAUCCGCAUCCUGCUCUGCACCCCGUUCUGGUUCGCGCUGACGCUGCCGCCGCUUAGGGUCGUGACGGCGCGCCGCGUCGUGCUCGUCGCCGGCACUCUUGCGCUCACUUGGCACUCGAGGGUGUGCUGCGUCGCCCGCACGCUGCUGUGGCGGUCGCGGUCCGUGAGGAAGCUGGCCGGGCUGGUCACGGGGCUGGAGUUUGACGGGAUGGUUGCCGCGAACGGGGCUGUCGUCAAGGGCGAACGGGGCUUGAUCGACGUGGGGGCCGCGACGUCGCUGGCGGCCACGGACUCGGCGGCGGCCACGGGGCGCGAGUCGGAGCUGUCCAAGGCCAUCAGGCGGCAGUCUACCAAGGUCAACGGCAAGGGGCUGGCGCGGGACACGGGGGUCCGGUUCACAUUCAUCAUCUACGAGAACCAGCGGCGGUGGGUGGGGCUCGGGUGGACGUCGAGCCUGUUUACGUACGAGCGCGCCGCGUGGACGGACGAGCGCAACAACCCCGUCCCGCCCAAGGAUGAAUUUGAGCUGCCCGAGGUUGAGGACGGGAGCCGCAUGCGGUGGCGCUGGGUGCCCGGCAGCAAGUGGCGCGUCGACGGGGUUGCGGAUGAUGCGGUCACGACGGACGACGGGCAGCUGGACUUUGAUUCUGAUGGGGGCAAGAUGGGCUGGGUUUACUACGAUAACAAGUGGCAAAACGGCAAACGCGGCCAGGACAGCUGGGGCCGCUGGACACGUCGGAGAAAGUGGUAUCGCGACGCGGAGCUCGUCGAGAUCGACUCAGAAUCUGUCACCCCGACGAGCCCGAUUACGGAAGCAGAGAAGCAAGAGCAGCAGAGGACCAUGUCCCCUCCCCCACCCUACGCGGCCGAGCCCAAGUCCACGGGCGGCAUGUGGGCCAGCCUCCGGCCGGGCAGUCUACGGCGACGUGCUACGGACAACUCGACGGCCUCCUCGGCGGCGGCGGCGGCGUCGGCAGCUGCCUCUGGAGGCGGUGCUACCACGAGCAGCGGUGGCGCUGGGUCUAGGAGGGGUAGGCGGACCAGUAGUGCGGCGGCUAGUCACCUCGAUGAGGAGCGCGAGGACGUGGACGCUAGCCUCGGGACGAGUCUGGGGCUCGAGAUCCAGGGGGCUGGGAUGGAGAGGGAUCAGUGGGGGGUUGGGGAUGAAAUCAGGAUGGGGCUGGAGUAAGUUAAGGAGUACCUGAGACAAGGGGGAUGACGAUUAUUGUAUUAUGCUGGGAUAAUAUCUUGGAGUUCUUUGUCGCUUUUGUUUUCAGGCGGGUUGGGAUCAAUACUCGGACUGGGGCGUUUUUGUUUUUGUUUCAUAGGGUGAUGGAUUGGAAAGGGUUAGGGGUCUUUAUUGGCCACAAUCACAUGUCAAUAGUUGUUUGACAACGGCUAGCUACAACGGUCAGCUUUCUGUUCCUGGUGGCACAAAGAUAUCCACAGGCAUCGAUCGACAUAGAUGAUACGAGACUUUUAUUGUAUGUUUGUUUCAUAUAAUGACCGACUUUGUUUUGGUUCAUAUCAACCACAAUAAUACCGUCAUCUUGUGAGAGUUUCUCUGAAAUUCUCCGAGCUUCAUAACUCAUCCCACUUCGGACCCGCCUUGGCUUGUCAAUGCAAUGCCCUUUCCGUUUACCCUCAAGGUAGCUAAGAAACGAAAAGAAAUAAAACAAAAAAAUAAAUCCAAGAAAGCCGAAACAACGCCGUUCUGCGCCACAAUGUCCCACGAGAUGCAGAUCCCCCAAAAACGCCAAUUUAUGUGCAUGAGAAUAAAAAA